AUUAAAGGUUUACGGCUUCUUAAAAUUAAAGACAAAUAUAAUAUCCCAGAAGCUGCAUUUAAUGAAAUUCUUAAAGUUUUUGAAAUUUCUAAAGUAUCUCUUUUUAAACUUCGAAAACUUCUUGGAAAUAUUGUUCCAUUAGAACCAACUCUUGUAAAUUGUUGCAUCAACUCAUGUGUAGCAUUUACAGGCGAAUUUAUUAAUGAAGAUCAUUGCCCAUAUUGUGGGGAAUUUCGUUAUAAAUCUAGCCAAGUUGCUCGAAAAAAUGCUUCUUAUUGGUCACUUAUUAAUACACUUAGAGCACAAUAUAAGGACAAAGCUCGUUCUGAGACUCUUCGCUAUCGACAUACUUACACCUCAACAAAUGAGUAUACAAUUGGUAAUCAAAUAAGUGAUGUAUUUGAUGGUUUUCGUUAUAAAACUCUAGUUUCUUCUGGAUUUUUCUCAGACAGUCGGGAUAUUGCCCUAAUAGCAUCUACUGAUGGAUACCAGAUUUUCUGUCAAAAAAGAAAU